AUGGGUAACUCUCCCAAAUUGGAGAAAUCAGGUAAACGUGCUGCGGAUGCCAGCAGUUCGGAUAUACCGCUUGUUGCUUGGAAAGACGCAUCUCGUACGAUGCCAGUGAAUACGACAGAACCAGAUUGUGUCCGUUCGAAUCGUGCGAAAGCGUGUGCACAUACAUCAAGCCAGCCUGACAGUGACGACUUUGUGGAUGAUGGUCAUCGUUUGCGUGUGGCUAAAAAUACACAUACAUGUGACGUUAAGGGCAAGAAAUUGUUCUACGUGGAUAAUGUCAUCCUGUCGAUGAGAUCUAUUGAUAGGUCGUUCCCCCUGUUUGUGUCAUUGACGAACGAGUCAUUAAAAGCCAGGGAACAUGAUGAGAUUGAAGCUGGAGGUUUUGGGAAGGGAUUUGUUGAGGCUGACACGCACGUGGUCGUUGGCCGUCACAAAUCUGACAAAGAUGGUGCCACGGCAAACAAUAAUGAGAUCAAGAGCACAAUGGAACCCAGUGUACAGGCAUAUGUUGGUCAGUCUGAGCAUGCUGUUGGUGAAGAAAUUGGGUUGCACGACAAAGGUCGUGUAACUACCGACGAGAUUACGGUGCAUAAAGACACGGCAUAA